AUGCAAACGAAGCAAAAGCUGCUCCAGAGUCACCAAAGGUUUCUGGUGUGUGCUUUCCCUUCGUCUCAGCCUGAGGCGUCUCUUACACACAUCUUAACACUAGGCAUCCCUUAUGCGUCUCUGACAGUGGGAGCGCCGCGGGAGAUCUUCCCGGAUGAGCGACGGGUGUCUCUUACACCCCAGAACGUCGCGCUCCUCAAGAAGAAAGGCUUUGCUAAUGUUCUUGUCGAGAAACAUGCUGGUGCACAGGCUCAGUUCCUGGAUGAAGAAUACUUAGCAGCUGGGGCUGCUAUCGUGUCUCGAGAUGAACUCUUCGAUAGAACGGAUAUUAUGCUCAAAGUGCAAGCACCAUCCAUUGAUGAAGAGGCCAAGGGCAUGAAGGAGGGAAGCACGGUCAUUUCGUUCCUAUACCCCGCAAAGAACAGGGCCGUGUUAGAUGCACUGGCGUCGCGUAAAGUUAAUGCGUUUGCUAUGGAUAUGAUUCCUCGUAUUUCUCGUGCUCAGACGUUUGAUGCACUGAGCUCGAUGGCAAACAUUGCUGGCUACAAGGCUGUAUUAGAAGCCUCUAAUCAUUUUGGAAGAUAUCUUACGGGUCAGGUUACCGCAGCUGGGUCAGCCUCAAUUAUUCCACCUGGUAAAGUUCUCGUCAUCGGUGCAGGUGUUGCUGGAUUGAGUGCCAUCGCUACUGCCCGUCGACUUGGUGCUAUUGUUCGCGGUUUCGAUACACGGUCUGCUGCUCGUGAACAGGUGCAAUCACUCGGUGGUGAAUUCUUGGAAGUUUCCAUGCAGGAAGAAGGAGGAGGCGGCGGCGGUUAUGCGAAGGAAAUGUCGAAGGAAUUCAUUGAGGCCGAGAUGGCACUGUUCAUGGAACAGUGCAAGGAUGUCGACAUUGUUAUCACUACAGCUCUCAUCCCUGGUAAACCUGCACCCAAACUCAUUCGUAAUGAUGCAAGUAUUCACUGGUGGAUGGUUGCAGCUAUGAAGCAGGGUUCAGUUAUUGUGGAUAUGGCUGCCGAAGCUGGUGGUAACUGCGAAGCGACGGUUCCUGGCAAACUCACAGUGAAGAACGGCGUAACUAUCAUAGGUUACACCGAUCUUCCAUCGCGACUUCCAACGCAGUCGUCCACUCUGUACUCGAACAACAUAACCAAGUUUUUGCUGUCUAUGGGAGAGAACAACGCUUUCAAUGUUGAUCUUGCUGAUGAAGUUGUUCGCGGUUCUAUCGUUGUCCACCAAGGUGCCAUCCUCCCUCCUGUGCCCCGACCUGCACCUCCUCCGGUCGCGCGUCCCGCUCCCAAGGUCGAGGAGAAGGCAGAGACCCUGGCCAUCACUCCCUGGCAGAAGGCUACCCGCGAGGUAGCUACUGUGACGGCUGGAAUGGGUUCCGUAGUGGCUCUCGGUAAGAUGACAGGCGCCGCAUUCAUGAGCAACUUCUUUACGUUUGGCCUCGCGGGUCUUGUUGGAUACCGAGUCGUCUGGGGAGUUGCUCCAGCGCUCCACUCCCCUUUGAUGUCCGUUACCAAUGCUAUCUCUGGGAUGGUUGGUGUUGGUGGUCUGUUCGUUAUGGGAGGAGGAUACCUUCCAGAAACCAUUCCUCAGGUAUUGGGCGCACUCUCCGUACUUCUCGCGAGUGUCAAUGUCGCCGGUGGUUUCGUCAUAACGAAGCGGAUGCUUGACAUGUUCAAGAGACCCACGGAUCCUCCUGAAUACUCUUGGUUGUACGGUAUCCCAGCUGUUGUGUUUACCGGUGGUUUCUUGGCCGCUGCAAGCACCGGUAUGGCGGGUCUUGUGCAGGCAGGCUACCUGACGAGCAGCAUGCUUUGCAUUGGUUCUCUGUCUGGGUUGGCAUCCCAGGCAACUGCACGACAAGGGAAUGUGCUGGGCAUACUCGGUGUUGGAUCAGGCAUCGUUGCCUCACUUCUGGCAGUCGGUUUCCCCCCUGCCCUGCUUGCUCAGUUCGCUGGUGUUGCUACCAUUGGAGGCACGAUCGGCGCCAUCCUUGGCCGCCGUAUCACGGCCACCGAGCUUCCACAGAUGGUGGCUGCUUUGCACUCUGUUGUCGGUCUCGCUGCUGUCCUCACCUCCAUUGGCAGUGUCCUCGCCGACCCGUCUCAUGUCUCCACGUUACACCUGGUCACUGCCUACCUCGGGGUUGUCAUUGGUGGUGUCACCUUCACCGGCUCCAUUGUUGCGUUCCUGAAGCUUGCUGGAAAGAUGGGCUCGAGGCCUUUGAUGAUGCCCGGACGACACCUCCUUAACUCUAGUUUAUUCGGAGUGAAUGUAUUAACCAUGGCUGCUUUUGUCUCGGCUGCGCCAACAGUACCCUUGGUUGCCGCGGGGUAUCUCGGAAUUAGCACGGUUCUCAGUUUCAUCAAGGGCUUUACAACGACAGCUGCUAUUGGUGGGGCUGACAUGCCUGUCGUCAUCACUGUCUUGAACGCCUAUUCAGGGUUCGCGCUGGUUGCAGAAGGCUUCAUGCUGGACAAUCCCCUGCUUACGACAGUGGGUUCGCUGAUUGGUGUUAGUGGUUCAAUCCUAUCAUACAUCAUGUGCGUGGCGAUGAACAGAUCACUACCCAAUGUUCUGUUCGGUGGUAUCGGCACUGUCGCACCAAGUGAGACCACUAAAAUUGAGGGCACUAUCACGAAGACGAAUAUCGAGGAUACGGUGGAGGCUCUUGCCAAUUCCGACAGUGUGAUCUUGGUUGUCGGAUACGGCAUGGCUGUCGCUAAGGCACAAUAUCCUAUAGCGGAAAUAUGUGCCAUGCUAAGAGCCAAGGGCAUCAAAGUGCGCUUCGCGAUUCACCCUGUAGCUGGUCGCAUGCCCGGCCAGUGCAACGUCCUGCUGGCGGAGGCCUCUGUGCCAUACGAUAUCGUCUUGGAGAUGGAUGAGAUCAACGACGAUUUCAAUGAGACCGAUUUGACGCUCGUCAUCGGCGCCAAUGAUACCGUGAAUCCCAUCUCCCUCGAGCCUGGUUCACCGAUUGCUGGCAUGCCUGUUUUGCAUGCGUGGAAGAGCAAACAGGUCAUUGUGAUGAAGAGAGGAAUGUCCAGCGCUGACGUCCCAAACCCCAUGUUCUAUAUGCCAAACACGAAGAUGUUGUUUGGUGACGCUAAAGACACGUGCGAUGCUCUCAAGAGAGGCUUGGAGCAGAGAGCAUGA